AUGUUCAUAACGUCCGACCGAGGCGAAGGAGAUGGACCUGGACCUGGACCUGGCUGCCUCCACCGAUCUCUUGCGGCGUCGUCCAUGGCAGAAGAGGUCUGCAAUUUCGCCGGUCAGAGACGAGCGACAGACAGCGCACGCGCCCUUGACCACCGUCGCAUCCGUGUCCAGAAGGAUUUUCAUGCAUGGCAGCAGUCGUAUCUCGUCAAGACGCUCCGCUUCUUGCGACGACCCAACCAUUCGAAGCCGGAUGAAAAUUGA